AUGAAUCCUACUGUUGAAAGCAAUGGACAAAAUAUAUUAAAAUGUUCUGUACAUAUGAAUGCUAUCCACUUACACGAAAUGGCCCAGCUGGUUGCUUUAGAAGAUCUAGUUUUGUGUUUUGUAUGCUUAAGUUUAUAUUGGAUGACUAUUGUCUUUCAUCUUGUUAGCUGUGAGGAUUUUGUAAAAAAAGGAAAGAAAGCAGUUAAAUUUGGUGUGCACCGAACUCAGAGACCUAAUCUUAUUGAAUUAGAAUGUGUUUUCUAUGUCCUGCUACUACUUAAUGUAUGCUUCACAUUGUCCAACUACAGCAAUUGUUAUUCCUUGAAUACAAGGUAUUACAAAUCACUAUAUAUAUAUAUAUAUAUUUUUUAUCUUUUGCAGGUUGCUAUAAAAAUCAUAGACAAAACACAGAUGAACCCUUCCAGUUUGCAAAAGUUGUUCAGGGAAGUAAGAAUAAUGAAAAUUCUUGACCAUCCUAACAUUGUGAAGCUAUUCGAAGUCAUUGAAACAGAUAAAACACUUUACCUUGUGAUGGAAUAUGCCAGUGGCGGUGAAGUUUUUGAUUACUUGGUUGCACAUGGUCGGAUGAAAGAAAAGGAAGCCAGAGCCAAAUUUAGACAAAUCGUGUCUGCUGUACAGUAUUGUCACCAGAAGCACAUUGUACAUAGAGAUUUAAAAGCUGAAAAUUUAUUGCUUGAUGGUGAUAUGCAUAUAAAGAUUGCCGAUUUUGGCUUUAGUAAUGAAUUUGUUCCUGGGAGUAAAUUAGAUACUUUUUGUGGUAGUCCCCCUUAUGCUGCUCCAGAGCUCUUUCAAGGUAAAAAAUAUGAUGGUCCAGAAGUGGAUGUGUGGAGCUUAGGUGUGAUUUUAUACACAUUAGUUAGUGGAUCAUUACCGUUUGAUGGUCAAAAUUUAAAAGAACUUCGAGAAAGAGUUUUACGAGGAAAAUAUAGAAUACCUUUCUACAUGUCAACAGACUGUGAAAACUUACUAAAGAAAUUUCUUGUUUUAAAUCCUACAAAGAGGGCUAAUUUAGAGACAAUAAUGAAGGACAAGUGGAUGAAUAUAGGUUUCGAGGAUGAUGAACUUAAGCCUUAUGUAGAACCACCACCUGACAUAAAUGAUCCACUUCGAAUAGCUAAAUCUUUAAGGAAUGAGGUGUCCUCAACAGAGACAGGUUCCAACAUAAAUGGCCUACAUCGCUAUCAAGAUAUUAUGGCUAGUAUGGGUUAUACCUUGAAAGAUGUUGAAAACUCCUUGAGUCAACAGAAAUAUGAUGAUAUCAUGGCAACAUAUUUGCUUUUGGGACGAAGAACGUCUGAUACAUUUUUUUCUCUCCUCCCAAUUAUUGCAGGGCCUGCUGGACCUGGUAGUGCUACAUCAUCUUCACAGUCGCAGUCUUCAAGUUCUCAUGCAACAAGAAGGCAAAACACAAUAGAUACUAAUACUAAUACUACUACAAAAGAAAGUACAUUGAGUUCUCGAAUGAAGACCCCUUCUGGUGGUAACAUGCCUCUGGAGUCUCCUAAGAUUAGUGCAAGUCCUGUUAGAAUGUCGGUACCAAAAAAACCAAGUGGACCUUCUACAACACCAAAGAACAAUGUUGUAAGUGGUUCUUCUCUAACACGAAGAAGUACUUUUGGACCUGGAGAUAAUAAGACAAGUAUAGAAAAAAAUAACAGAACAACUAAUGGUCAAGACUACCGGAGCCAUAUACCAAAUUCUACUUCCAAUCCAUCUUCAGAGCCCCCAUCAGCAAGGCCUAAGGGCCAUGUAAAGUCAGCCAGCACAUGUCAACCAUCACGAGUCCCAGAUUUGCCACCUAUUAGUUCAGACACAUCUGAUACCUAUAGGCCAACACCGGCUCAAGGGAAAACUUCAAUUCCCUUAUCACCUGCUUCAACCAAGCCUUUAUUCCGAGGCACAGCAGGCCGAAAUACAUUCCACGGAGGCCACAUUAGGGACCGACGGCAGUUCAACCAAUAUAACGGCCCUGGUGUUCCUGGACAUACUCAGGAUACCACAACAGCCGGACAAGUAGCUCGAGUGUCUUUCCUGAACAAACUAACUUCAAAAUUUAGUCGAAGUGGUGACCCCAGAAGGGCAUACACAGAUACCCCCGGCUCAAUGGAUCCUAAUGAUAUGAUGAAAGAAAUUCGCAAAGUCUUGGAUUCAAACAACUGUGAUUAUGAGCAACGGGAAAAGUUUCUCUUGCUCUGCAUCCAUGGAGAUCCAAAAAUAGACAGCUUAGUACAAUGGGAGAUGGAAGUGUGCAAGCUUCCAAGACUGUCAUUGAAUGGUGUUCGUUUCAAACGGAUUAUAGGGACAUCAAUAGGAUUCAAAAAUAUUGCAUCCAAAAUUGCCAACGAACUGAAACUUUGAUCUCGGGGGAAAAAAAAUUUUUGAAAAAAAAAAAAAAAAGAUAAUAAAUUACCAGGUCUUAUGUCUUUGGUUAAACAGCUUGAGAUUUCCAGCGUGCAAAGUCCUGCUACACAACCUGGUAUUGGUUGAUCAGUCAUCUUGCUCUACAGUGGAUCUGUAAUUUAUAGCAGUUCAUUAUCCCCUUUGGUGGACUUACUUUAUUAGGCUUUUAUUUUGUACAAUGUGUAAAGACAAACAAAAUUUUAAAAAUAUCUGAAGAAAAACUCUAUCCCAGAACUGUACAAAAUAGAGAGUCAAUUGGUUAAACCUUUGGAUGGUAACCGUGUAACCUUUUAAAUGUAAGUAUUUCACUUAGUAAAAAAAAAAAAACAAACAAAAAAAACUUAUGAAACAGGCGAUACAGUUGUGGAUCAUGACGAUGGCAAUUUAAUUGAGUAAGACUACAACUGGUAGGUAAUACUGCUAUUUUAAAUGGAAAAAAAAUAAUAUUAAUAAAAAUAAUGAAAUAAAGGGAAAACUCUUUGAAAUAUUAGAUGAAUGAGUGUGAAUUUAAGAUUUAAAUAACACUAUUGUUCAUCAGUUACUAAGGAAAAUUCUGGAUUAGUCUUGUACAAACUGAUAUCACGGAGAAAGAAAAGAAAAACACCCUCCAUGUUUUGUAUUUGCACAUUUGUUUUUUAAUUACUCCAUAAAGCAGGUUACCAGGAUCAUGUGGUCUUUGAGCCAUUUUUAUGGUAUUUUCAAAACUGCUCUGACUCCUCUGACUCCUACCAGCUGGGUAAUAUCUACCUCUUAUUGCCCGUCUCUUUCUGUGUUUUCCCACCCUUCAUUGCUAGAGUUUGAAUGUUAAAAGGAAAUGCCAAUUUCUUUCAAUAUUUCUUUCCAUUCACAUAUUCAUAUGCUGGGGUUAUGAGAUCAGGCAUAAGUACUGCUAUUUCAAGUUAGUUACUUUUACCCCCCUUUCAAGCUCUUUUUAGUUGAUGACUAAUCAUAUAUUAUUGUUCUCAAAGUUUUUAUUUUUUAUUUUUAACUAGAACUAAUCAGUGCUUAGCUAUUGAUUUCAAACUUGAAACCAAAUGUGAUGAAAGUAAAAUUAUAAAAUCAGCUUCUUUUGGGAAAGGAAUUGAGCAUUUGUGAAGGUAAUAUAGAUAAGGUCCCAACAAUUGGUUUGGUAUUGAGGCUAAUUUGGCCUUAAGUGCACACUCCAGGUUUAAAAAAUAAAAAGGAAAAAAAAAAAAAAGAGCUUAUUUCUCUAAAUAUCACCUGCAGCAAGUUUAUUUUUAAGAAAUUAUAUUGCUUAUGUUAAUUUAUCUUGAUACCACAUCUAUCUAUAUAUGUAUAUAGAUAUAUAAAAUCUAUUUUGACAAGUGUUCUUGAGAAGACAAUUCCUUUAAAUUAUCUUAGAGCUUAAUUAUUUUAUAUAAUAUGUGUGUGUACAUAAUACUUAUGCACACACAUUUUAAAUUAAUUUAUUUUACUUAGAUUUAAAAAAAAAAAAUUCUAAUUUUGUUUUAUUCUGUAUAAUUCUCUGAAACCAGACUUCUAGCCCAAACCCCUAGCCUUUUUCUACUAUAAAAAAAAUAUUUUCUUGUUCAGCUUUCUCAUAUUUUGGAGGAGGGGGCUCUAGGUUAUUAUUUUUCUACUAAAAUAGAAUUUUUUACUUUUCUUACUGCUGUAUAGAUCUUUCACCAAACCGGUACACAUCUUCCAUUUUUUAUUGCUGUUUGUUGCUGCUUGUACAGCUGUGGUGCAUUCAGGUGAUAUGGAGUUGCUUCCAGAGGGGCAGUAAUACUAAUUGCUUUAUUUUUCAUAAGGGACUGCUAGUAUACUGUAUUUUGCCAUGGUGAAAUUGCUGGCAAGACUUGCUUUCAUAAGCAAUAUUACUGUCAAUGUUUGUUGUCUCAAUAAUAUUGCUGACAAGAUGCCUGGUUGCUGGGAAGCUGUCUGCUGCUAUGGUAAAUGUUGGCAAGAUGCUUGCUUCCAUAAUAAAGAUGCUGUCAGGUUCACUGUUGUCCUAGAGUUUGCAGGGAGGCUGCGUGGUUGUAAAGUAAAAUGUUGUUGAAUGAGCUGUAUUAUAAAGGCGAGACAUGAAUAUUUUUUUAUCUCGGCAUUUCAUUGAGUAUCAAAGCCUUAUUAUAAGAGUGCAGUGAUAUGUUAAGCUCUGGCAAACCAUGUCCAUAAACUGCUUUCACUUCUACUAAUGUUCUUUGGAAUAACAUAAUCACUACAAUUCCUUAUUUCUCUAUUAGUGUAAAUUUGAUGCUUCAUGCCUAUAUAAAUCAUUAUUGUAAUCACAGUGAUGGAGGAAGACAAGACCAAGAGAGCAAGAUUGGAUGCUUUAUAAAUAUUUAAACACUUUCCUGAGAUAGUUUCUCCAGAAUUGAUUUAACCUUUGGUUGAGAAAAUAGUACCAGUAACACUAUCCUUUCCUUUUAUUUGACAUUGUCUCCACUCAAGAAUAAUGAUUUCUACAUAGGCACAUAACCACAAAAUUUUGUGAGGAGUGUAGUUGAUUAAGUCAGUCUUAGUACUUGACUAGUGCUUAUUUUACUGGUCCUGAAAGGAUAAAAAGUUAAGUUGGCUUCUGUGGGAUUUGAAUGCAGAAUACAAAAUAUUUUGCUCAAUGCUCCACCAAUUUUGCUAGUGUUGUUGUCUGGUGGUGUGGAAACUGAGAUGCAGUUGGAAGCUCUUGAUGAAUUGAGCUGGCUGUUUGGCAUGCCAUUAAAGAGUCUUGGAAAUAAAUGAGUUUUCCAGUUCUCUCUUAACCUCUAACAUUUCAUAUGUAACGAAAAUUUGUGGUGGAUUUGUGGUGCAACUAUAUACUCUUGGCAGUCAUUCUUCAGGUUGGAAUGCUAAUGCCUAUAUGAAAGAUUUUAAUAUAUCCUUCCUUAUUCACUCUUCCCUCAUGAAAAUUUGGUAUUACACUCCAUCAUAAGAAAUUACUCUGAUGGGUGCCUUCUUUGCAGCAACAAGCUAUCAAUCUCUAAACCAAAUCUGCAACUUGGUUUUGAUUCCUAAUUUGAAACUACUUGCAUUACUAAUGGUCUUGGAAAAAGCAUCAUAACUUCCUAUAUCAUCAAUCCUAAAAGUUAUCUAUGGCUUUAUUAUUAUUAUUAUUAUUAUUAUUAUUAUUAUUAUUAUUAUUAUUAUUAUUAUGGCAGUGGUGCAAAUGGCCAAGGCAGUAGAACAGUAAUCUACUCAAAUAUGCCUUACAAAUAUUACCUAACCAUAUCCCUUUGGGAUCAAGUUCAAAGUCGACUGCCAUGGUCGACUUUGCCUUUCAUCUCAUGGAAAUUUAUAGAUUUGAUUUAGUAGGUUUAUUAUAGUAAAUGAUUCAAAUAUACAAUUAGGAUUUUAACAAUAACCAAACUGACAAAAUGUAGAUACGCUUUUUAAAAACAAAAAAAUAUUCUUGUUAUUCAGUCACUCAUAGAACUUCAUACAUUUUAUUGUAAAUUUUUUUUCCUUCAAUAUUUCAAUUGAAAAGAAUAUCACCUAUUUCCCUGCCAUGACUUGAUUUGCUGUAUCAUCAGUAUAUGCAACUCCUUACUUGGACGAUAGAGCCAAGAAAUAGAUUUAUAGUGUCUGUAGUAUUGCUGACUCAAAUAUUCCAGUGUUGACUUUCUUUCAUCUCUUCAGAAUGAAUAAAAGAGGGUGGUAAUUAGGGAAAAUAAUUUAUUUGCAUUCUUGCAUCAGUCCUCUCCUCCCCACUUCUUAAUUAUUUUUGUUUCUAUUUCAGUGUUUGUUUUAACCAUGUCCUGUCUUCCUAAUACUUCUCACAUUCUAUUCUUAUUUUAGCCUAUGUUCAAAGAAAUUAAAGCUUAGAAUUUUUUUUUUUUAAAGAUACAUGUUUAGGGCCAUUUAUUAAACCUAUGCAAUUUCUUCUCCCUUCCUAUCAAAUCUUUUAUUUCAAGUGACUAAUUUUCUUUUGACUUUUGUAGUACAUAAUUACCUCUUAGAAUUAUACAAGCCUUCAUAUCUGAAAGAAGUCAGUGUUAUCUAAUAAAGUAUGAAUAUACCAAGAAGUAAUCUACCUUGCUGAAUUUUCUUGGUUUCUAUUUAAUGGGUGUGUGCAUGGAUCUCUUUCUGAAUGCAAUCAAUGGCAAUAUUCAUUAAAAUCUAAAAUUAUAUUUGGUUGUCACCUCAUAAUUUAUUUACCUUAAUGAAGUUUCAAAUAACUAUAGGAGAUACUUCCCUUUGAACAUUGUUGUUUCAUGCCUUUUCCCUUUAUUAUCUCUUGGAGAAGUCAGAGCAUAGUCCUGCUAAUUUUGAGCAAUUGUAAUGGUUCUACUCUAGAUGCACAAAAGAUAUUUAUUUAAAAAAAAAACUGUCUUCUAACUCAAUACGUUUUCUUUGGUUAAUUUGUCUCUUUCUUUUCACAUAAGAAAAAGAAAAUUGUUUAAAAGACUUGGGUUGUAAAAUUGGAGUAUAGAAGAAAAAUUGCUGAGGCAAGAGCUUGAAAGGGGAAUUUUCUCUCAUUAAUCUUCUUUUCUCCAAAUAUUUUUCAUAUUUGACACUGGUUGACCUCAUUUCCUUCAUAAAUACAGCCCAAAUUAAAAUAUGUAAGGUAGAAUGAACAAUGUCUCCAUCCAAAGAAAAAUUACAUCAUUACUUGACAUAGUGUAGUUUGCCUAAAAGAACUGAGUUAAAAUAAAGAGCUAGCCUUUCCUUUUAAUCUUUCUUCACCACUCCCUUAGAAUUUUAUGUCCAACUUACCAGCCGUCCCUCAUGUGCAAAUCUUAACUGCCAUCCAUAUUUUGUGUUGACAUGUCCACACGCUAUUCUUGUAUAUUCUAUUUCUCUCCUUUUAUUGCUAUCUGAACCACACAUUGUGUGCAUAACUCUCUUAAAAUUAGGGGAAAAUGUCACUUGAUCUCUACUGCUUUAUACAACUAUCAGUUAUGCUCUUGGGUUUUUAUACUGUUGUUAUUAGUCUUGUCUUGUCUGGUAUUUCAGAUAAAAAUACCCACACACAUCACUACAAAUAUUUUCUUGGUUCAUGAUGCAAGGGGGAUGGUAUGGAGAGGGAGUUGCUCCCUCUAUUUUGCUGGGAGGGAGGGGAGCGGCAGGUUAUAGGAAGACUGCUUUGAUUGUACAGUUGUAAAUUACUGUACCGUAAUUACUUCAGAAUCAGGCCUAACCUUAUAUGGUACCCUUUCUCAGCCAGGACAUGACUACCAUUCAUGAAUCCUGUCCAUAAGAUUUCAGUUCUUAUCUAAUCUAGCCACAAGCUUAUGUUUGUUAAUUGUCAGUCUAUUAUUUUCUGUCUUACUUGAAAUAUUUAUUGCUCAAUCUUCUUAGAAUCUCCAUUUUUAUUUCUUAGGCAUCAUUAUCAUAAAUAGUUUUCACAAUAUUUCAUUUGAAUUGUUAGAAUUAAUUCUAACUUGCCCUGGCCAGCUAUUCAAUGUUUGUAUUGGAAUGUCAAGCCUAGUCUUGCCCUGUAGUUUAUUUUGAUCUCAAAUAGCAGACAAAAUAUAUAUUCUUCAAGACUUUAAUUUGCUUUUUGUUCUGGUUUCUCUUAAGAACUUUCUGUUUUGUGUGACUACUAAAUGCUAACAGCACAGUAACUUGGUCUGAGAUAAUUAUUUCCUCCCUUACCACAACAAAAACAAUUAUUGAAUAAUAUACAGAAUUAAAUAAAUGGAAUAUUUGGUUAUUUUUCAGCCUUUAAAGAAAACAUUUUGGUCUUUAUAUUUUUUUUAAUUAAAAGUCCUCUUAAAUUUUUAACCAAUCAUAAUUUCUUAUAGACUACAAUAUUUAUUCAAAUGAAAACAAUAAAUUAAACAAAUUCUUUUCAUCACUAAUAUCAAAGAUAUGAUUUCUGAUGAAUGAAUGGUUUUUGUGUAGAAUAUUCAAUUUUGAUGGAAGACAAAUUUUUCUAAAAUAGGUAUUUUAAUGCCCACUGCCACCCUAAGGCCCUUUAAGAAUUAUUUCAGAUGAGGUGUUAGUUGAUAUUGUGCAAACCUUCUCCCACCCUGCCCAACAAUAUAGCUUCUCUAUAUACUGUGUGUGCAAAGAGGUUUAUGUAAAAUAACUUCGUAAAUAUUCAUACAGAUAUAGUUUCCUUUGGAAAAAAAAAUUGCUCUUGUUUCUAUUUUUUUAAUUCAAUGACUUCAAAUUGUACAAUGGAUAAAGAAUAAACAUUUUAAAUAAUUAUUUUGCAAGCACUUCAAAGCUUUUUUUUUUUUUUAAAUCCUACUUUUCCCCCCUCUUUCUCUGUUUUAAUUAGUUUGCCUUUUUUUUAAUAUAUAUUUUUACUAUUAAACCUCUUUGGAAGUAAAAGGUUUUUCUAACAAAUUUUUGGUUUGACAAUAUUUUUUCCCACAUUCUUGUGAGAAAAUUUAAUAUUUUGAUUAAGAAAGAGUACAUUUCUAUCUCUCCAAUUUUUAUUUUAGUCCUUUUCUCAAAUUAUUCAAAAGCUGUUUAUUUCAACUCGCAUUUUUACAAAUGCUUGUAACAGAUAUACUAGUGUUUAUGUGUGUAUAAAUAUAUAUGUCACAUAUAUACUUCAUUACACAUAUACACAUACCUAUUGUUUAUCCACUGGUGGUUGGAAAGAGGAGUCUAAAAAUAUUUGCAAAUAUGUAUAACAAAACCCUUAAAUAUUGAAAUGCAUAAAAUAUUUUCAUCCAUCUUA